CCCACGCAGCAGGGUCCGUUUCGCCACCACAGCACCCGACAACACCAUGGCAGGCACGGACACGGACUCGGAAGAGGCCAUGACAAGGGAGGAGCUCCAGCACGAGGACGGGCGGCAGCAGCAGCAGCAGCAGCCGCCGCCGCCUGCUGCGGGCGAAGUAGCGGGGCCUUCGACAUCAUCAUCAUCACCACCACCAGCGCAGCGGAACGCGUAAGCUUUUUUAAAAGUCAAGGCUGACGCACAGCUGUCGCCACAACAACCACAGUCACCGCACUCAUGGGCCCCAAGCGGCCCCCGCAUCAGCAGCAGCAGCCCAGGACCAAGAGCAGCAGCACCGCCCACGCAAAGCCGCCGCGCACGUCGCGCUCCAACCCCUUCAGAGACCGCAUGGCACUGGGCGCAUACCUCAAGGACCCGGCGUCGUUUUCCUCGUCGUCGUCGUCGUCGCCCGUCAUCUACCACAACGAGGGCUUCGUGGCCCUGCGGGACAAGUUCCCCAAGGCGACGGUGCACGCGCUGCUGCUGCCGCGCUCGCCCGCCGUGAGCCUGCUGCACCCGUUUGACGCGCUCUCCGGCGACCCGGCGUUUCUACGAGAGGUGCGGGCCGAGGCGGGGCGUUUGCGUGGCUUGGUGGCGGGCGAGUUGCGGCGCGGGCUGGGGAGGUAUAGCAAGGCGGAUGCGAGGCGGGAGGCGGUGCUCAAUGGGGAGGCGGCGCUUGGAGGAGGAGGUGGUGGUGGUGAUGACGCAGAUGGACGAGAGUCUGGGGGAGGAGCAGGUCCAGAAGAGGCACGAGGCGCCGAGACGCAGCUCCCGCCGGGCCGCGACUGGGAGGCCGAGGUGCUCGUGGGCGUGCACGCGGUGCCGAGCAUGGCGCACCUGCACAUCCACGUUCUGUCGCGCGACAUGCACUCGCCCGCCAGGCUGCGGCACCGCAAGCACUACAACUCGUUCAACACGCCCUUCCUGGUCGACCUGGCCGACUUCCCCCUCGCCGACGACGACCCGCGCCGCGACCCCAAGGGCCAGGGGUACCUGCGCCGGGACCUCGUGUGCUGGCGCUGCGGGACGAACUUUGGGAACCGCUUCGAGCAGCUCAAGCGGCACCUCGACGAGGAGUUUGAGGCGUGGAAGAGGGAGUAGGGCG